AGUUCAAUUUAAAUGACAGUGGUUUUGAUACACUGUCAUCGUUGGCUUAUUUCCACUCUUCUGCGAAUUGCAACUUGUGGUAAAAAAAUACUUGCGUAGCUCGAAGAUCUUCCUGAAUGGGUUCUCUCAACUUGCCUCACGCUUCAUCGUUCAAGGGAGGAAGUGAAACGUUUCUCCGGAAUGUUCUUGAAAGUAUACUGAAAACGUAUUUGAUGAAGAAUCCGACAGUGAAGACGAUAUGGGAACUAGUUCAGUCGAUGGACAACGAAAAAAUAUGCUACGAUCACUUCACUUUCAGGACAUUUAAGGUAGAUGGUUAUGGAAUAGAUUCCUUGUCGAGUUUUUUCAUGGAUUAUGGAUACAAAAUUGGAGGCGAACUUGAAUUUUCAAAGAACAAAUCAAAAGUUAAAUGGUUUUCUCCUCCGGAUGUUCACGUCCCUCAUGACGGUCACGGUCUAACCAACGGCCCUUUGCCACGAAUCGUUAUAGCUGAGGUUCUUCUGGACCAACUAAGCCCUGAAUCACAGGGGGUAAUAAGAAAGUACUUGAAACCAGAAGGUGGUAAGCAAGCGGUUCUGUCAAGUACUUUGGGGUCCUUAAUAUGGGAGAAGCCUACAUGGAACGACUUCAAGCAACUCGCAAAAGAAAACGAAUUUGCGGCAUGGACGCUUAUCCACGGCUACACAAUGAACCAUCUUGCAUUUUCGGUUCAUCGAUUCAAACACCAGUUCAGUGACAUUAAGUUCAUCAAACAGUAUCUUGAAGAAAAGGAAUUCAAACUUAACACUGACGGGGGAGUUAUCAAAGUGAGUCAAGAUGGUCUACUGUUACAAGUAUCGUCUAUCGCGGACAAACUUGCGGUUGAAUUUGCUGACGGAGUAGCUGAAACAAUCCCGGCUUCUUACAUUGAGUUUACUCAACGUCUAGUUCUUCCACAGUUCAAAGAUGUGCCGUUUGAUGAGAUUAAAGAGUUCCACAGACGUGAAGGCUUUGAGCUUGAUAACGCCAGCAACAUAAUGGAAAGUACCCGUUUCACAGCACCAGUGUGAAACAAGACUUGUCUUGUUCGGCUCAGUAUGCCAAAUGUGUGCAUGUAUUUGUGUGUUUAUGUAUGAGUGAGCUUGUGACCUUGAUUCCGAUCGGUAACAAUAAUGUAUAAUCGUGGAAUGGCAGAAAAUAUAAUUAAGUUAUGAAAUAAUUUAAAA